ACUGCCGGUCACCGGGAUCUAGUAUUCCCCGCUUCUUUCUGGGAGCUGUUUGCUGGAACGACUAUUUAAAAGGACGAAAACGUCCUUGCUGCCCUGAAGAGCCGUGUGCUUACGUUACGCUUUCCUCACGUCUGAGCUUCCUUCGUUGCCACUUAAAUCCCUCCUCGCUGUCUCUCCCGGAGGAUACAGAGAGUAGCUUGUUACCCUUGCCUCUGAGCGAAGCCUUGACGUCGGCAGAGGCCGGCGUGCACCCCGCUAGCCGUUUUUUCUCUAGGCUGAAGAAAGCAACUUGAUUAGCCCUCCCUUACGGGCUGUGCGCAGUUAUGCGCAGCUUCCCCGCAGUGCUGCCGCAGGCUGAUGCCGCCCGGCCCGCAGGAGAGCAGGAGCGCCCUUUCACCUCCCUGUCCCCAGUAUGUUUUGUAGCGUUCCGAUGUCUUUCCGUCCCUAUCAGCGCAUCGCCCUAACCCUUUUUUAGCGUUGACCUGAUGACCCAGCUGAUCACGUCUUACACGUGUGCAGGUUAUUCUCGCUGAGGUGUAGCGAGCGCAUGCAAAUGUGCUUUCGCUGAAUCCUUUCUCUUGGUGAAGUGCAUCCUAUUAUUUUCCUGACCAAUUCUGUUAAGAUGAAUUUAAAGUCAGAUCCUGUCCUCUAAAAUGCACGUAGCUCCUUGCACCGUCAUCAUGUAUGCAGACUUUAAAAGCUUUCUCUUCAUUUGGCCAUUUAAAUUAUGGAUAAAAAUACGGAAUCAGAUUGAAUCCAGGACAAAUCCUGUGGAACUUCAUAUUGGCUUCCAGUCUAGCAGUAAAUCACUGCGAGUAACAAGAAGUAGCUGGAAAAAUGCAUUUCAGUAUUUUCAUUAGCUCAUGCUUCCCCACUUUGAUGUGGAGCUGUGGUAAAACCUUCAAUAAAGCCAAGAUAUUUCAUAUUUGCUGUUUGUCUCCUGUUCGCUUGAUCUAGUGCCCUAUCCUAGAAAAAAAGAAACUAGGCAACUGAUACGAUUUAAUCUUGAGAAAUCCAUGUUAAGUGUUACUGAAUGUCUCGUUAUAUCUGGAUGCUUCACAACUGAUUUGUUUCAUAUUAUGUUCUCCUUUCUCACCUCUGAAGAGUGGGAAAAUUGUAAAAAAUGUGAAGAAUAGUUUUAAGGAAGGUCAGAAAAGAUGAUACGGAAAAUGUAUUUUAUGUGGCUGUUUAUUAUAUGACAUAAUGCUGACCUCUCGCUUUUUUUUCCAAUGACGGUACCUGGUAAUUACACUAUGUAUUUUUGCAGGGCGCUAUUUUCCAAAACGACCAAAGCGUAUGCUUAUAGUUGAAGCAAAGUUUGAUGGUGAACAGCUGGCUACCGAUCCUGUAGAGCAUACUGAUCAGCCUGAAUUUGCCACGGAAUUGGCUUGGGAACUUGAUAGGAAAGCACUUCAUCAGCACAGGCUGCAGCGUACACCUAUCAAACUCCAGUGUCUUGCAUUGGAUCCUGUAUCUUCAGCUAAAGAGAACGUAGGUUAUAUUGUACUUGAUUUAAGGGCUGUCCAGGAAAAGAAACAGACACCAAAAUGGUAUCCUUUACUUAGUAACAAGUACAGUAAGUUUAAAUCUGAGAUACAAGUAGGUGUUGUGUUGGAAACUGAUACAAAAGCAGUGGUGGAUGGUUUUAAAGCAAAGGAGGCACCUCCUAGAGAAGGGAAAGUAUCUACCUUUCUUUCUGGACUGGACCCUAAAAGUAUUGUAGCGGUCCUGAAUGAAGAGGAGGGCUAUCAUCAAAUUGGACCGGCAGAGUAUUGUAGAGACUACUUUGUUUUGUCUGUAACUAUCGCAUUUGCCACACAAUUAGAACAGUUAGUUCCUAGUACUAUGAAACUUCCCGAAAGACAACCUGAGUUUUUCUUCUACUACUCAUUACUGGGAAACGAUGUCACAAAUGAGCCUUUCACUGAUUUAAUUAAUCCAAACUUUGAGCCAGAAAGAGCUUCAGUUCGAAUACGUAGCACAACUGAGGUCCUCCAAGUUUAUCUUUGUGCACAGUCAAAAUUGCAGAUCCAUCUUUGCUGUGGGGACCAGUCUCUUGGAAGCACGGAAAUACCAUUGUCUGGACUGCUGAAGAAAGGAAACGUGGAGAUCGAUCAGCGCCCUGUGGCAAUAGAAGGAGCAUUCAUCCUCGUUCCGCCAAACAGAGCUAAACAAAAACUGCCACAGUUGCCUUUGAAUAUGGCUCCUACUGUUGGAGUAUCUGUGAUUUUGCAAAAGGAAAGCUUAUGUGCCCAGCCUUUCGUCCCCUUAAAUGUUCCAACUGAACCUGAACACCCACAGAAGAAAGUUCUUUCGCCUACUAGGAGAAAAACAGAGGGCCCGGAGCAGAGAUACCAGAAUGUCCCAUCUCAUACUGACCAGUCUUCUCCCACAGAAGAUGAAGCAACAGAAAGUGAAAUGGAAAGUCUCAAGUCUGACAAAGGCACAAAACUAAAUAAAAAUGGGCUGGUGACUGAGUCUUGCAAAGAAGUUAACAAACCAUACACUGAAGAGCUGCCAGUUUGCAAAUCGCAAAGCAGAACAAAGUCACCUUUAUUGUCAGAGCUGCAAAAUUCCACUGAGAACGCUCCAGUAACUGUAUCUCAGUCCAACCCUGUGGGUGCAUCAAGUUCUUCUGAGCCUGCUUCAGCACAGAAAAUUGUCAUUCCAGCAGCCUCUCACCAUUUUUGCUUUUCAAUAGAUUUACGAAGUAUACGUGGUCUGGAAGUUGGGUUUCCAAUAAAUUGCAUUUUAAGGUACUCCUAUCCCUUUUUUGGCAGCGCAGCCCCUAUUAUGACAAACCCACCUGUAGAAAUCAGAAAGAACAUGGAAGUUUUUCUUCCCCAAUCCUACUGUGCAUUUGAUUUUGCAACAACACCUCCUCAGCUUCAAGACACGUUCUUCAGGUUACCCCUGCUUGUUGAACUGUGGCACAAGGAUAAAAUAGCCAAAGACUUGCUGCUAGGGGUUGCAAGACUUCAGCUUUCAAAUGUUUUGGCUUUGGAAAAAACGCGGUUCUUGGGUGCUAAUGGCGAACAGUGCUGGCGCCAGACCUAUAAUGAAACAAUCAGUGUCACAGCAGCACAAGGGUCAAGUAACAGAAUAGCAGAGCUUUCUUAUGCCAUCACUUUGGAAGACUACGGACUUGUGAAAAUGCAUGAAGUUCUGGUGUCGGAUUCUUCUCAAUGUGUAGGUGCUGGUCCACAGCAGCAUGUCCCGCACCCUCAGCCUCAUGCUCCAGAAAUCCAGCCAGAACCUCGAGAAACUCUUGAAUACAAAGCAGCACUGGAGUUAGAAAUGUGGAAGGAAAUGCAAGAGGACAUUUUUGAAAAUCAGCUUAAAAAGAAGGAAAUGGCCCAUAUGCAAGCACUUGCAGAAGAAUGGAAGAAAAGAGAUAGAGAGAGAGAAGCAUUAGUGAAGAAAAAGGUAGCAGAAUAUACCGUUUUGGAAGAACAACUUCAGAAAACCUUGAGAGAUCUAGAUAAGCGAGAGCGACAGCUUUUUAGUGCAGAAUCAGAGCUUCAAAGAGUAAAGAAGGAGUUACAAGUAGAGCACGAGCGAAAUAUGCAGGAAUUACAGGAUUCUGUACGGCGAGCCAAAGAAGAAUGUGCACAUCAGGUUGAGCUGGAAAGGUCAAAAAUCAAACAGCUAGAAGAAGACAGGCUUCGCCUACAGCAGCAGCUUUAUGAAGCAGAAAAUAAGUAUAAAAUUUUGGAGAAGGAGUUCCAGCAAUACAAAGAACAACAAAGUUGCAAACCAGAAAUCCGUCUACAAUCAGAAAUAAAUCUUCUCACUUUAGAAAAGGUUGAACUUGAAAGAAAGUUGGAGUCAGCUACCAAGUCAAAGCUCCACUACAAACAGCAAUGGGCAAGGGCCUUGAAAGAACUUGCGAGGUUAAAACAGCGUGAACAAGAAAAUGCAAUGGCUCGCCUUAAAAAGCAGCAACAAGAGCUGGAGCAUAUGAGGCUGCGCUAUUUGGCAGCAGAAGAGAAAGAGCUGGGGAAAACAGACCGACAAGAGCUGGAGGACAUCAGAAAUGAACUUAACAGGCUAAAGCAACAAGAAGAGAGAAAGCAACUGGAAGAUGCCAGAGAUAAUUCUGCUGGUAAAGUGGAUAGUCUUCAUUCUAGAAAAUUAAAUGAGAACAUGGAUGAUUAUCUAUCUCGUCUGAUAGAAGAGAGGGAUACACUGUUAAGAACAGGAGUAUAUAAUCAUGAAGACCAUAUUGUAAGUGAACUUGAUCGUCAAAUCAGAGAGGCUAUUGAAAAAAGGAACAGCACGAAAUAAAAGCAUAUAGAAAACCAUAAAAAGUCAGAGCCUAAGCUGGAACAGAGUAAUUAAUUUUGUAAACCUGUAGUUCUUACUCUGCAAAGAUGUAAGGACAUGCUUAAUUUUGCACACUGUUGUUAGCCUUUUUGAAGUCAAUGUAAAUAUUUGCAACAUAUGAGGUUAAGCACAGUUGUAACUUUUACAGGGGGGUGGCUACUUUUUAAUGUUUUUAUACUCAUAUUUAUAUAUGUGUAAAUAUAUAUUUAUUUUGUGUACUCUUCUGAAAUGUUUUCUACCUCUUCGCAUCAACCUGGCUAGAUUUAUUUGUAAUAUUUUUAUAACCCUUCUAAGCUUUUUGUUCAAUAUUGUCAUAAUUUAUUACAAUUUUUUAAAAGAUCUCUUCGACUGUACUAGGUAAAAGUGACAUUGGCUUAUUCCCCUCAAUAUACUCUUAAUUCUUAACCAAAGUGCUGCACUUGAACAAACGUCAUUUCUUAUCAAGUCACAAGGUAUUCAAUUUUUGCUUCUGCAGUCGUAGUCAGGAUCGCUAAGUUCUGUAGCUAGUAUUCUUCUAACGGCAUAGAUUUUGGAAACUCUAUAAUAGCCAGUGACAAGGUUUUGAGUGGGGAAAAAAAAACUCAAAAUCCAUCAAACUGAAACUCCAGAUUUAGUUACUCAGUAUUUCACGAGCUUCAGGAAUAUCCCUUUGGUGUCCUAGCAGUUUUGCACACAGGCUUGUGAGCAUGAACACGCGAGGGUAAAGUCCUAAUGCAAAAACACCAUACUUGCUUCCAUCCAUAGCUAAUGAGGAAAGAUAUUUGAAGCGCUGAUUAAGUACAUUUACAUACCUCAUUUAAAUCUGAACGUAUACAUAAUGAAAAUAACAAGAGCUUUUCUUAAGUAAAGAUGUUUUCCUUAGUCAAGGUCUAACCCACACGCAGUGACUAACCUGAAUUUCAAAGCAUAUUUUCUCAUUACCACUUAAAUUGAAUGUAAUUUUUUAUUCAAUUGUUGAAAUAUGGCCAAGAUGAACUAUCAAGUUGUUAAAUAGCAGAAGAGAAAUCCACCAGAAAUGUUAGUUUGUGCUUAAUCACAGUUGACUAAGGAGAGUUUUGGGUUCUAGCCUCCACUCAGUGAUUUUAAAAUCAUAUGUGUGGAUCUAGCUAGCUACAUAAACUUACAGCACUGUCCUAGCAACAGGGGUUUAUGUCUGUCCUAUUGGCACAAACGUUUUUCUAUUUGAACCUUGUGUAUUGGGGGGCGAGGGGGGUGGGGAAGUAUUAGGAUUUGUUUUGUUUUAAAAUGCAAACAUUCCUUUUUCUGAACAUAAGAAAAAUCAGUGGACUUCCAUGGACAUAACAUUGCCUUCCUUUUUUGGAUGGUGUGAGGUACAGAACAUAGGCUUUAUAUUGCAUCUGAGUGUGCCUCUUAAGUGCAUUGUUUUUCCUCCUCUUACCAUUAACCUACCUCCUGUGUAAUAAACUGUUUCCUUAGGCCCCUUAGAAAAGUUUUAAACAAGUUAUAUAAAUACCAAGAUCCUUUUCCAUGGGAAAUUAUUACUCAUCGAUGCUAGAUUUCACGAGAAAUGCUUUUGUGAUACGUUGUACACUUAUUUUGUACUUUGUUUUAUUUUUAAUGACUGUUCUUAAAGAGGUCCCACUGCGCUAGCAAAGGGAAUAACGCAUUUAUAAAUCCAUGACAAGUAAUUUUACAAGUUUUUUUACAUUAUGGCUGUAUAUCUUAUCACUGAUGCAUGAUCACAUGCAAUUAUAAUAAAAUGAACGAGGGGGCUGCUUGUAUUUCGAAGGGAAGACUUGCGCAAGGCGUUUUUCUUCCACUGCUUGCUUAUUUGCUACCAGUGUAGUUUCUUGUUCAAACACUAGGGAGUGCAUUAGACUUAAAGAUCUCAAACUGGUCGCGCUGAUUGUAAGAAUGCCUAUAAUGAAUAAUUGUCGAUCUUCCAAUUUGGUAUUAUUUGACUUUUCAA